AUGGAUUUCUUCAAGUUCUUUCAAAAGGAAUCUGCUAAACCUCAAUCACCUGAGAUUCUAAAUGAACAGAUUAGAUUAGUUGCAUAUCAAAAUUCAGCAUCAAUAUUAUUUGAUACAUUGUCAAUUGAUAAUAUAAAGAAUAAGAAUGGUGGAGUACAACCGCAGCAGCCACAACCACAACAACAACAACAACAAACACCAAACAAGACAAUGGCCAAUGGAAAGGGUAGUCAGUCACCGGUCAAACCAAGAGGCAAGGUUGAAAUGUUAAAAGAGAUGAUGUUUGGAACGGUGCCAAUGAACUUUCAAGGCACUACUACCAAGAUACACUAUCUUCCCGAAAACAAUCAAAUGUUGCUCACUAAAUUGUUUACUUUAAACUUGCAAAGAGAAGAAACUAAACCACCUACAUCACCCCAAUCAUCAUCGUCAUCGACAAACAACAACAACACCACCAACACAGGUCGUCCAUUAACAACCAUCAUCACUCCUCCAUCACCUGCUUCAGCAGCACCACUUGAAGAGAUGAAAAAGUCUGCUUCAUCGGCAACUCUACAAGAUCUAUCUAAACAAGUUGAACAUGCUCAAGCUGCUGACCCAAGUUGUAGUAGUGCAAAAGAUAGUAAUAGUAAUAGCAAUUCUUCUACAUUGACAAAAGAUGAUACUGUAGCCGACUUGAAAUCAAAUGUACCAAAUGUUGUCAAACCUACAUUGACAACAAGCGGAGGUAAUUUACCAACUUCCUCAACAUCUUCACCAAACAAGACAACUACAACUACAACAAACACAACAACAACAAACAAUUUAUCAUCAUCAACUAAUAAUGCAAGUACGAUGAGAUCAAGAUCAUCUUCGACAAUGGGAGCAAGAGUCAUGCCCAAAUCACCAUUACAAUCUCAACCACAGAUAAAAAAGGUGACAUUGGCACUUUGUAUUAUUUUUGGACCACGUAAUGACAGUUUGACACCUGUUUCAGAGGCUGUUGAUAAUCCCAUUUCAAGAUUCCAUCAAUUCAUCAUGACCCAUUUUGUAUAUAUCGAUAUGAGAAUUAAACCAAUCAUCAAAUUAUUAAAGAAUCAAAUUUAUUCAAAAUUUACUCAAAUGAAACCAUCAAAUCAUGGUUCUUUGUCUGGAUUUGGAUUAACAGAAGUAAAUCAAAUUUAUAGAGAAGUAGAAAAAUUUAGACAAUAUAUAAAGGAUUUAUAUUAUGCACCAAGAUUAGAGAAACCAUUAUGGAUUGAUAGUUUAAGUCACCCAAGUACAAAGAGACAAUAUUUUAUUACAUUUUUGGAUAAUUUACGUGAUUUAUUACCUUUAUAUAAUACUCCAAAAACAAAAUUUUUUUUAACAACAAUGAUAUCAUCAAUUUUAACAUAUAAUUUAACAUGGUUGGCAAAUAUGUUGGCAAGUUGUACCAAUUCAACUGCCUAUCGAUGUACAGCAGACCGAUGCAAUACACUUUAUAAUUACGAGAAUCAAUUUAUCAAUCAAAUGGCUGAGAUGGUUGGUUACACUGGAUGUCUUUCACCACAGUGUCGAAAUGUAAAGGCACAACAACGUCUAUCCAAACUUGUACUGAUUGCACCCAAAGAAGAUGUUGCCAAAAAGUUUUUACAAGUUAUUAGUUAUUUUUGGCGUUCCUUUGAAUUGGUAAUCAACAAAAAUAAUAUAAAUAAUCUUUCAAAUAUGUAUAGUGGUGAUGAUCUUGGUAAACCUUUUAUUUUUGAUCAAUCAUCAAAUAAUAAUAAUAAUAAUAACAGUAAUACAGCAGAACAUCAACAACAAGGAACUCCAUCUUCUUCAUCUGUACCAAUGGGAUCAUCAUUUAAUAAUAAUAAUCAAACAUUUAAUAAUCAUAAUAGUCAUACACCAAUGAAAUAUUCAACAAUGCCACCUAUUUAUCAACAUGGUAAUGGGACACCAUCAAAAUCAACUCCAACAUCUCCACCACCAUCAAUUCCAUUACCAACUACCAAUUUCAAUAUUGGAAGUUAUGAUUCCACAGUACCAUCUUUUAUUCACAAUCUACCUAGAUCAAUGUUGGGUGGGUAUUCGACCAAAUAUGUUAGUGAUCAAUCUAUCUUGGCCGUUCCCAAAAACGAUUUUUUCCCUCAAUUGGUAGAUGAUCUUAGAUUAUGGAUUGAUUAUCAUCCAUUCCCUUCUCCAGUCAGAGAAUUUACUGCUAUUAUUGCUGAUACUACAAAAUCAUCAUGUGAAUUAGUAGUAGUUAGUAAAGAAAAUCUUUGGAGUGAUACAAAUCCAAUUACAGUGAACCAAACAUCAUAUCCAGAUGUAAAGAUUUUAAAAGCCAACUUUUCAGAAUAUGUUUCAUCGAUUUUAAAUACUAUUGUUCAUUUUUGGACGAUUGGAAUGCCACCAGAAUCAUGUAUCAUCUAUCUUGAAGACAAAUUACGUGAACUUUUUGUAAAGACUCUUAGAUAUCACGAGACACUCAAACACUACAUUACACUCAACCAACCAAUACCAUCAACCAUCAAUCUUUUACCAACUGGUGUCAAUUUAAAUAUCCCAACAAUUCAAUCAACUCUAUUAGCAACACCUCUAGCUUCACCUCAUGCAUCAGUUACCAAUUUUGAUGCUAUUAAACAAUCAUUAUCUGGUGACCAAAUAUUAUUAGAAAGUAUUUAUACAUAUCUUGUAAAUUGUCAAAAACCAGAAGAACCAUCAACCAAAUCAUCACCAACAACUACCAAUGAUUAA